GAUUUUUAAAACUUUCAUGAGUCAAGAAUAAUACAAAUGGAAUGAAUUGUUAUGGAAACCGAUAGUUCGACCUCCAAGACAUCGUUAUAACCUUAAAGAUCUUGGGAACGAGACAUUUAAAGUGCAAGAUACAAUCACAAGAAGAACAGACUUUGAAAUACAUAAUAAUCGAAACUAGAAAUUAUAAUGUAGGUUAGAAUAUUCAACCUAAUUAGUUUAUUUGAGCCUCUGAGAAUGCAAGAAAAACCUCAUCCUUGUAUGAUAUACUUACAUGGUAAUUCCAGUAGUAGAAUUGAAUCAUUCACUAUUAUUGAAUAUUUAAUCCCUGCAAACAUUUCAGUUUGCGGCAUAGAUUUGUCUGGUAUCUCUAAUUAAGUGAAUAAGGUUCUGGAUUAUCGGAAGGUGAAUAUAUCUCCUUGGGAUUUCAUGAGUCAAAGGAUGUUAUUUGCUUAUAUGAUUACUUGAGAGAAAACAAAGUAAUUAUUUAAUAAUAUAUAAGUUUCAUAGGGAUAUCUCACAUCUAUAGGAUUAUGGGGUAGAUCAAUGGGUUCUGUGACAGCCAUUUUAGCAGCCAAUAAUAACUAUGAAUUUAAAGUAUUGGUUUGUGAUAGUCCAUUCUCUAAUUUAACAUUAUUAUGCAAAGAAUUAGCAAAGACUAAUUACAAAAUUCCAAACUGUUGCUUUAAUUGUUUUUGGUGUUGUGUAAAAUCUAAAAUUCAUUAAGAAGUUAAAUUUAACAUUGAUGAAUUGAAUAUAGUUCAAAUCAUAUAAGGUAAUAGCUAACUAAUAAUCAGUAUUACCCUAGGAUGUCCAAAUAUUAUUUUUAUCUGCCCAACAAGAUGAUUUGAUAAGAGAGAGUCAUCCUAAAUUGUUAAUGAAAUUAUUCCCUGGAGAAAAUAAAGAAUUGCUCAGUUUUGAAGGCACUCAUAAUUCAAGAAGACCUGCUAAAAUAUUGGAAGAGUCUGUUCGAUUCGUAUGCAAGGCUUUUGGACAAAAAGCUUGGACUGAAGUUUAGAUAACAAACACUACCAAAUACUCAUAAACUUAACUAUCAAAGUAAAUUCCUUUGCUUAGGGGAGACCGAAAAAGUGUACAACCCUACAUAGAAAAAUGUGAUUAUUGA